GGGGCCGGUCCGGGCCGGGGCAGGCACAACAAACAUGGCGGCGGCGGGAGGCGGGAGCGGCGCGGGGCGGCCGCGGAGACACCAACAAAUGGAACACAAAUUAACUUAAAGCCUACAGGGGGCUGGUGACACCUGAAGGAAGGGAAAGUGGAGAAGCUGUGCUCUGUGCUUUUUAGCUGGUGUGUUGGGAGUACAUUUUGGAGCAUGUUUGCCACUUAGCAGGGAAGUGAAAUUCAGGCACAAGGGGCUGUAAAUGUAAAGAGCCAAUAUGGGGGAGAAGAAGGCAGAACCACUGGACUUUGUGAAGGAUUUUCAGGAAUAUCUCACCCAGCAGACUCACCAUGUCAAUAUGAUUUCUGGAUCGGUUACUGGCGACAAGGAAGUGGAGACUCUCCAGGGAGCUGGGACAGAAGGUGAUCAGAAUGGUCUGGACCAUCCCUCUGUUGAAGUUUCGCUGGAUGAAAACUCAGGAAUGUUGGUGGAUGGGUUCGAAAGGACGUUUGAUGGAAAGCUGAAGUGUCGAUACUGCAACUACGCCAGCAAAGGAACAGCUCGGCUCAUAGAGCACAUCAGGAUUCACACAGGUGAGAAGCCGCACAGGUGCCAUCUGUGCCCCUUUGCCUCGGCCUAUGAGCGUCACCUGGAGGCCCACAUGCGAUCCCACACCGGGGAGAAGCCCUACAAGUGUGAACUGUGCUCCUUCCGCUGCAGCGACAGGAGCAACCUGUCCCACCACCGGCGGCGCAAGCACAAGAUGGUGCCGAUCAAGGGUACGAGGUCUUCCCUGAGCAGCAAGAAAAUGUGGGGGGUUUUGCAGAAGAAGACCAGCAAUUUGGGGUACAGCAGAAGAGCGUUAAUUAAUUUGAGCCCGCCUUCCAUGGUGGUGCAGAAACCAGACUACCUUAAUGACUUCACCCACGAGAUCCCAAAUAUCCAGACUGAGGCGUACGAGGGCAUGGCAAAAACGACCCAGAGCGGAGGGUUGCCGAGAGAUCCACAAGACCUCAUGGUGGAUAAUCCUUUGAACCAGCUCUCCACCUUGGCUGGACAGUUGUCCAGCUUGCCACCUGAAAACCAAAAUCCAGCCUCUCCUGACGUUGUUUCCUGUCAGGAUGAAAAGCCUUUCAUGAUCCAGCAGCCUGCUGCACCUGCGGUAGUUUCAGCUGUGUCAGCCAAUAUUCCUCAGAACUCAUCUCCAACCAGCCCAGACCCUCGGCCUCCACAAAAUCAAAGGAACUAUAGCCCCGUGGCCGGGCCCAGCAGCGACCGCAGCGCCCACACCAGUACUCCCAGUAUAAGUAACAGCCAGCCGAGCACUCCGGCUCCAACCCUCCCAGUCCAGGACCCUCAGCUUCUGCAUCACUGCCCACACUGUGACAUGUACUUUGCAGACAAUAUCCUUUACACAAUUCACAUGGGGUGUCAUGGGUUUGAAAAUCCUUUCCAGUGCAACAUCUGUGGGUGUAAGUGUAAAAACAAGUACGACUUCGCUUGCCACUUUGCAAGAGGCCAACAUAAUCAACAUUGACUGAGACGUGCUUUGGUUUAGUUUUUUAACAUAUUACAGUCUAUUUUUCAUACUUGCUGAUGGAAAGCUUGCACAUUCCCAUAUGGAAUAGUCACAUUAGUCAAUUUGACAAAGGAGGCGAAUUUAUUUCCAUGUUGUUGUAAAACUUGCCAGGGAAAUUUCGUGUAGGAUUUGGUUGUUAUUUUAUACGUAGCCUUUCCAAAAAAGCCAAGAGUGCUGUCAGGAUUGGAAUGCAUUUACAUGCCAUGGUUGCUAAAUUUAAGUUGCUUGCACUUAAAUCCCAAUAAACAUUCUGCAAAUGGAGAAGCAGAGCACGUGUCCUGAACCAUAGGAUGUCAUUACCAGCGUAUUUACUAGGCUGGACAAGCCACAUUAUCCAUAAAUUAUGAAAGGUUAAUGCAGUGACAAAUCAAGUAGUGACAGGACAAAGACUGAGAGAGGACAGGGUUAGAUUGGAUAUUUGGAAGAAAUUCUUCCCUAUGAGGGUGGGCAGGCCCUGGCACAGGUUGCCCAGAGAAGCUGUGGCUGCCCCAUCCCUGGAAGUGUCCAAGGCCAGGUUGGAUGGGGCUUGGAGCAACCUGGGCUGGUGGAAGGUGUGUCCCUUUGGAAUUAAAUUAUCUUUAAGGUCCCUUCCAACCCAAACCAUUCUAUGAUUCUAUAUGGCUACUUUGGAGACAUCCUUAUCCUUAAAAACUUGGCUACUCUAAACCUGGAAAGCAAACAGAAGCAACUUUCACAUACAGAUUCAAUUUGAUGUAAAAGUUGCUUUAAUCCAAUGAAGGUUUAUAAUAAUUUUCUCUUUAGUAGCCUACAUUCUUCAUUCUAGGGCUCAAACACUAACUAUUUUAAAAAGUCAUCACAAAACUAGAAGGUUUUUGUGGGUUAUUGUGAAUAAAACUCUGGUAGGAAAAAAAAGGAGUUAAAAGCUUGUCAUUCAUGAGUUAUACAAACAAAAAAAUUAAACAGGAUACCUUAUUUUAACCUACACUUACCAAAAUUUACAUCUUUUUCAGAGGAGGUAAUUUUUAAACAGACAUAAUAAAGAGCUUGUAGAGCUAAUAUAUAUUCUGUGAGACACUUCUAGCUGCCUUAAACUAAUUUGUACAGAUAUUUAAAAUUUGCACAAUUAGGCUUCUGUCUUGCUGACAGGAGUGCUAAUAGGAACAAGCAAGAGGUUUACAAAUUAAAACUCCUUUGUUCAGUUUGAUGUUGGGCCAGGCUACAACUGAGAGGUUGCCUGUGUGUUUUGAGAGUUGUAUGAUCAAGUUUAUGGUAAAUUCAGCUGACUUGGAGGUCUCUUUUAUUCCCUCUCCCAGAUUUAAUGUCUUUUUGGGUGUGCUGGAAAUAAGGGGAAGGGCCUCUGGCUUUUCUGAGCUGUCUGUGUAGGAGGCAAAGGAACUACACUGGGCUUAGGGACUUUAGGUAGCAAAUGAUAACUGAAAAUGAUUAUUUUGUUUCAUACUGUACAUCUUAUUUUAGAAGCCCCCAGGGUACUGGACAGGCACUUUAAUAUAAACCAAAAUAAAACAUCUGAGCAAAAUUAAUAAUAACCCUUAAUAGGCUAGAUAGGCAUUUCAGGCAUUAAAAAGAAAAAAAGGAGGAACUGUUACUUUCCCCAUAUUUAGAUGUGCACUUUUACCUUGGUUUGUCUUACUUGAGACAAAUUUAAGCUUCCCUUUCCUAUCAGCAAAUUGGUUGGAAUCUGAAUAGCAAAUGUUUGGCUUAUUCAAAUUUAUGUUGUUAUGGGAGCUAAAACUUCCUGGAGCCAAUGGAGAAACUAACAGUGACUUCAGUGUAAGGUCAAUGCAGGAAAACCCACCUGUUUGUAAAACAGGAUGUAAUUCCAUUUUUCAUCAUUACACUCUUCGUGAUUCCAAAACAUCUCUUUGUUGCUUUAUGCUUUUAAAAUUUAUUUUAUCAGUAAAACUGCAGUUCCUUGUGCAUGGAGAGUCCUUUAUUUUAAGGACUAAAAGCUGACUGAACUGGAACCCAGUUGGAAGUUACUGCUCCUGAACGGGUUUUGUAAGAUGCCUGUUUCAAUCAAAGAGGAGAGGAAAGGUGUGGAUCACGUACUGGCAGAUUCUAAAACCUCCGUUUGGCUAAAAAUACAGCAUUAGGAUGAGAGAAUUAACUGUUGAAGACCUUUAAGAUUAGUAAUUUAUAGAAGUGGUUUUCCUUGUCUUUUUGAUAGAUAAUGCAGUCUGCUAUUCUGAGGCUCCAGCAGCUCCAAGGAAGCUUCUGGAAUGGUGGUGCUCCAGGGAGCACCUGACAGUGCUGAAUGGCACCAGUCACAACAGGCAAGUUCUCCUUGGUUUGUGGCUCCAACCUUUCUCCCUCCUCAGCAGGGAGAUUUGCACACCUCCCAUCUUCCAUGUGCACAAAUGUUUAGGAUUCCCUCCCUCCAUCCCACUGACGUGGUUUCUAAUCCUGUAGGACUUUGGUUGGCAGUGCCUGUGAGCAGUUACAGAGUUUUCUGUGUGUGACAGCUCAUGGUUUGGUGAUUUAGAAACAUGACUUCUGAACCACGAUGCCCUUGGACAAAAGUCAGGAUAGGAAGCUGGCCAGGUCAUUGGGAGUAAGAGGAAGCCUGCAGGAUCUGAUGGAAAAGGGGCCCUCAUUUAGCAGAGGAUCCUCAGUUGUGGAGAAAAUAUGUUUGUAAUGACAGAACUCAGUGUGGGGGGAAAAAAAAAAUCUAACCCCAAAUCUUGCAAAUUGUUGUUUGGAAGGAUUUUAACGCUGCUGCCUGGAUAGCAUUGUUUCUGCUUUGGAAUUCCAAGGGAAAAGGUUAUCUUGGACAUUUAAGAACAGCAGGACAGUGCUAGGAACACUUCCCUGUUUCCUCCUCUCUGCAGGGGGUUCCUGGGCAGCAGCAGCUUUGGUGUUUGUCCCUUGGCUCUUUGCACCCACAUCCCUGGGGUGGAUCCCUGCAUCCUUCACAGAGGGGCACACCAGGAAUAGGAUUCUUUGUGUUUUAUCCUCGUGCUGUUGUGCCAAACAACUCCCUGACACUGCUGUUCCCUUCUCCACUGAGGAGCCUUGCAAGGUGUAUUUGUCCUGGUUUUUUCCUAAAUUGCACAUCCUAUUGACGACAAUCUGAAGACUGGCAAAUUGUUUGAGAGUUUGGUCCUGAUGUUUGCCUUGCACAAGCAGGCCUUACCCAGUCAGUGAGGGAUACUUGGCCAGGAUUCUGGGACCGAGUUCUCAGUCAGAGGGACUUUUCAUAUCAAGUUCUCCACGUGCUACAAUGCAUUAACUUGUUUCUUUUUAAAAAGCAAAAACAAAUCCUCAAAUUAUAAGGCGGUGGGUGAUUAGCAUUUUAUAAACAGGGAAGUUUUGGAAGGAAAUGGAAUUUUUCCAUAGCUUGGUUCUGUUAGGUUCUGUCGUUGCAAAACAUGAAUUUUGUGAGGUUUUUGUUUUUGAUUGUAAGAAAGAGAUUAUUUUAUAGCUUUGUGGACAUUUCAACGUGCACUUGAAACUUGUAGCAACUUGUAGCACUCAGUACAGACUUACUGAGACUGAAUAUUCCCAUAAAUAUUUGAACAUCUUAAUUAUCUCGGUUAAUACUUAAACCAACUGCAAAGCAGCUAAUGGGGAAAAAUAGUUGUUUUUUCACAGACACAUGUUUAGAUGAAGAGGAUUUUGACAUAAAAUGGUGGUUGGCAUUUUAAUAUAAAACUCAGUGCUGGGUGACAUGUUCCAGCAGUGUUCUCCAGCCAAAUAAUCUCUUGCUGUUUGUUUUGUUCCGGACUGUUUGGGAGAGGGGUUGAUUUUUUUGUUUCUUUUUGACGAAGGGAAUGUAAUUUAGAAGUCUUCACUGGCAAGUUUUCUAUUAAUUUUAAGCUUCUUUGAAAAUCUACAGCAAAUGGAUGUUCUGCUGCAGGAAAUCUCUCUCCUGCUGAAGCAUUUUUCAUUGAGCAAUCUUGGUGUACGUGCUUCAGAGUACCUACUUUGUUAAUAAUAUGUAUUUCAGUGUAAAGAGCACAUUUUAUGCAAAAAUUAAACCUGUUAAGAGUUGUAAAAUAAAUUCUAAUGUUAGUGAAUGUUUUGGAGAUGACAAGGUUAAUUCUGGAAUAACUCUUUAUCUGGUGUAGUUCAUGUUGUGAAGCUUUGCUUUUGUAAGAUACGAAUAAAAUAACACUUUCUAAUUA